AUGAAUAGCGAUCGCAAGCGAAACCCCAUAUACUUCACGUUAACAUCUGUUUUCCUAGUCGCGUCCACCUUGAUACUUCUGGACGCCGUCCGAUUCCACCCUACAAAUGCACAAUGUGUCCAAAGGAUGUUCACCUGGUCCCCUGUGAAGGAUAUAAUAGAGUACGAGUGGACGAUGUUCCCUGAAUUUGGCUUCUUGGUCCAUUCCAAGUGGUUUGACGCUGCCCUGCCAGAGCGCGAGGCAGCCUGGGAAGAGUUUCUACCUAACUGGAUCCGUUCCCCAUUAAAUGCAGACAACAUCCUCGCUCUCCCUGAAGUCUUUGUUCAAUUAGAAUGUCUCAACCUCCUUCGAUUGCACGCCCAAAAAGAUGAAACAGACAAUCGCCAUCUACCCUCGUUCCGGGGAUCUGAAGACAAAGUCUACCACAGGGUAGAGCAAUGUUUCGAUCGACUAAGGACAUCGGUUCUCUGCUGGUCCGAUAUUGUUCCCGUACUCCAAGAGUAUGCGGACGAUGACCUGCACACGCACGUUGUUAAGUAUGACUUUGCGACGAAGCACAAUUGCCGUAACUUUGCUGGAAUUCGAGACUGGACGUUGCGAAACGGGGUUAAGGAGGUUGAGAUGAAUAACGCGUGGUGGGGAGGGUUUGCUGGGGUUUAA